AGUAAUUCAACUUUCGAGUCUAAUGAAACCAGUGUCUAAACAAAGUGUGUAUGUGCUUUCUGCGAAGGUAGAUGCGUUCAGUGUUCUGCAUUGUAUGAAGCGCGAGUCCUCAAGACGGAGUCUAUGAGUUGGAUUGUGUUGCGUGCACAAACGUUGAGAGGGCCUUUUCGCAUAUUGUUUUGAAAUUAGUUUAUGAAUCUAAAAUACAGCUCCUACACUGGUGCCUUGAAUAAAUCAAAAUUUAAAGAAAUUCGAGUUUGUCUACAGCAGUCGCAAACACGAAGGUGUUUUACUACAGAAAUUACUGAUAUUGGGAUACCUUCCAUUUUCCCCACUGAGCAUUGGUGACAUCGUCUCUCUUCUCAAAACCAGAACUGUAGUAUUUCGUUAAGCUCAAUUCUUUAUGACGUCUGAAUAGAUGAUUAUUUUAUGUAUGUCUUCCAACUAGUUGUCCUACGGUAUAAAACUACCAAGUCUACGACGUGUUCACUUUUACUGCACGAGACAAUUGCACCUCAUGAUUUCUUAAGAAAAAGUUUAAGAUAUUCCCUUCUCUGUUUCUCUCUCUAUCUGGUUUUUCUGUUUUGUUGCGCGGUGUAGUGAGGUGCCAGCUGGUUCAAGAAAUCUCUCUCCUCUUAGCACUCCUUUAGCAACUUUAACGUUGAAAAUCUUACUGAUUCCUCGAUUUGUACAAGUUGGAUGAUGCAAAUGAAUUUUCCUUUCCUCCUACUUGUUCUUGCAGGCCUCACUUCUGCAACUACGGUAACGAUUUCUUGCCAAGAAAACAAAGGUGCCGUGUUUCCUUACGGAACUGCAUCUCUUGAAGAGAAAAGUUUCCAGUAUACUUCGGAUUUUCGAGCAACAGAUGCUCUGAGCAAAGGAAAUGAUGUCCGUUGUGGCAUGUACGAUUACGAUAAAAAGGUUUGGGCCGCUGGAACGGGUUACAUACGUCCCAAGGUCGCUAAGGAUGAAGGUCUCAACCAGGAAAGCAUCUUGCUUUAUGUUGAGGACGUGAAUGAUGAACAGGGAAAUACACCUGAAGUCGUCCAGGCGACAUACGGAAUUACGAAGAACGAACAAGUGAAGGACAAGUCCACUCCAAUUGUUAAAGUGAAAAACAUUCCUCAUGGUCCUUUACCCAAUUUACAAUACGCACAGCCAUUAAACUAUAUUUCUACGAAGGGUUCGAAACAGAAAAGGGCACCAGUCAGAUCGAAAAGUGCCGUUGCAAAUAAAAGAAAAGCAGUGGAGAAGAAGCAACCAAACAAGAACCAACAACCUGCUACGGAGGACAUUGAUGAGGACGAAGAGGAGGAAGAAGUGGAAGAAAAAACGUUUUUCCAAAAAUAUGGUCUUUUCAUCAUUCCUAUUGUCGUCCUGCUCUUCAUUAACGGAGGUCAAUCCACCCAAACACAAGGAAAUGCUGCUCGUUAGAACAAAAACGAUGUAGUAGAAAACGAGAAAGAUAAAACCUAGUUGUUAUUCGCUCGUUACUUGCUACGAGUAAUUCGAACAGAUAUCCCAUACACAUAUCCCCAAUAACUCCACAUCGUACUGAGUACAGAAAAGCGUUUCCCCCCCCUUUCCUCCCUUACACUCCUCACCAAGUCAUUCAUUAGUUUCAUUAGGUCAUUAUCCAUAAAGUCAUUAACGGCACGAGGGCCAACGGUGCGAGUUUGCGAGUAAGGAAUACUUCACAGAAUCCAAUACAGUGUCUUCAUGUUCCAUGGAAUUCGCUAAACUCAAUUUUGGGCCCUAAGAUACUGGGCAAUAUCAUACACAAAACGGAACUGUUUAAAGUUUUGGACCAUCUUCAUACGCUGGGAACGGAGUAGGUUGACGGUUUGAAAGACCACAUCUUCCUCAUCACGCACGACUGCACUAUCAGGCAGUUGCUGAGAAGACAGGUGCAUGAGGUGGUCAAUGGCUAUAAAUGUGCCCGUUCGUCCCACACCUGCAGAACAGUGUACAAUAAGAGGACCGUCCCGCUCAAACUGGUUCACAAGCCGAGUAAAAUCAACCACACAUUUCGUAUCUUCUGGUGCUCCGUGAUCCGGCCAUGCGACGUAACAGAUCUGGUACACACAUUUCGGUGCACAAUUAUUACGCUUCAUAUAAAAAACAUUCAUAAUGGCGUUCAAAUCCGGAAGUUCAGUGUGCUCAAACAACUCGAUGAUGAAACCGCUUCUUGGGUCUAUCAUCAAAGGCUGGUCAAUAGCAGUAGGCCAGUACUGUGUGCAGCGUUCCCGACCACCUUCGACAACGUUCGCUAGUUUAACGACUGUGCCAACCUUGUCUAUGCUGAACCAAAUCAUUUCCCAAAAAUCGAGCACCGUGGAUUCUUUGGGGGCCUGACAGGCUAUAUAGCGAUCGGUACCAAGUGUUAUGUGAGAGGCGUUGAUGUAGUCCGAAGUCGGGUCGCGAGAUGGGAUUUUUACACGAGUUCUAUCGUAGGGAACAAUAUCCGCAUAACGAUUCCGACAAGCCAACUCCGAAGUCUUGCCAGACUCAAUGCAGCUCCAUUCGGAUUGCUGGUCGUUCAUUUGCGCCAUGCGAAGCAGGUCCUGUUCCUCUAGCCGCUUGAACUUAUAGUAUAUGGAGGCUGUAUUCAUGUCACUCAGCAUGUCAUCGGGAGGAGGAGUUGCGCGCUUCACAGAGCCCCAAGGAUUGCUGACGCCGUCUUUGGGAAGGGCACAAAUAAAAUGCGAGGGAAGUUUUUUUUGUUGAGUACAUUGCAUUUUGUCUAGGUUCAAUCGAAGGGGUGGCGGCUGUCUCCGCGAACUCAGCCGAUGAGAAAAGGAUGCUGGAGCAAUGCUUCUCUUUUCUCUUUGCGCGGGUCUUUCACCGGUCUCGUGGGACUCGGCUGGAGCUCUUCUCGACAUUUUCGGGUUGUUGAAAAGGGCUUUCACGUCGGGUGCAGACUUGUACUGAUGGAGGCAUUUUAAGGCUUUCACAUUUUCCAAGCGCUUUGAUUUGGCGGCAGCUGAACGGGGAGACUGUUGGGGAUAGGAAAGUCUCGUUUUUAAUGAUGGCCGACUAGGUCGGGAAGGGGUGACAUGGGUUUCGGAUGCUGCAGGGAAAUAACCAGACUGCUCCGACGAGGUUGAGUCGGAAGUAGCCAGGUUUGUGGAUUUGUGGUCAAGGAGAAUGGGGGCACUGAAGAUGGAAUCCACAUCAGUUGCCUGUUUGUCGGAAAGGACGGUUUGCGUAGAUGAAAUGGAGAACGGUUUUGUAAUAACUGAUGCGAGACUGGACGAAGAUGUGCAACCAGAGACAUUACCACUGGGAACGGUGCUUGUUGGAGUGGACAACGACAACAUAGUACCAAAUUGAGACUCAAACAAGCUGCGCUCGCUUUCUGACGAAAUCAUUAAUUCAGGUGCACAUCUGUCCAGCGACUCAAAACCAGAAUUCAGAAUGUAAAUGGGUUUUGUGUAACCGGCACGCACAAAUUUUAAAGCUAAUGCACGCAGUCUGGCGGCACCGGAGAUACCGGCAUCAUAGAUGAACAAAGCAUCGCUGUCUUUCCAAGAUUGUAAUCGUUGACCGUCUGGGAUGGAACUGAGAAUAUUCGAGAUGCCAAACUUUGGACGACGCAACAAGGUGCUUGGAAUAGAAACAUUUACUGCGUGGCGGACAUGUUUUUCUGAGUACUUGGACUGUAGUCUAAUGUCAAUCACCUCUGCCCACAAAGAGGGAGCACCGGGUCGUUUUUCUUGUCCGAAUACGUUUUCCGAGUACUGUUGUAAUCGGGACAAAAACUCCUCUGAAGGUACCGUAGCAAUCGUAUCCAUAAAUUCGAUUGUCGUUUUCCUUCUAUUUUUUUCUGUUUCUUUUUUUGUAUCUCUUAUAAGGAUGAAUUCCUUACGCUCAAAAAAGCUGCUAAUGGAACUUUUUGGCCGAUGUUGUGUGUACAAACAGAGGCUAGAGAAAUAGUACGGUGUGUGUGACUCAGACACUCGAGUACACAGGUACGCAGGCACUUUCAGUACAAACGUGAAAGGAAAAAACUGUUUGCUCGUAGGCAAAAAAUUCGUAAAUACCAACAACGCUCAAGAGUUGUCGAUGAUGUAAACGGUGAUGGAGGGCUGGACAAAUGAUGGAAGACCGCAGCCUAAGAGGUUCGAUAAAAUGACGAAAGGACAGGUGGAAUCCACGAAGAUGGAAGAUGAAAGAUUAAAUGUUAAGUUCUCGACAGAGGUCGAUGUGCCAGCAAUACGAGUGUCACUAGCAACAAGAAUUUAUCUGGAACUUAAUAGCCAAUUCUUUGUUGUUGAAUAGGUCAAGCAAGUGACGAAACCUGGUGGAACCGAGUUGCAAGUGUAUUGUUAUAAGACGAAGAACUCUAGAAAUUUCGCUCAAAAGUCACUUCACUUUAUAAAAAGAUUUGACGGAACGCUAAAGAAACACGAAAUAGCUUGACGGGAUUAGCGGAACCGGAAAAACUUGCCAGAAACUAGUAAGAAAAAAUAUACGGCAGCAAAAGGUUGCUGUGUUCCUUUAUUACGCGUUCAAUAAAACACGAAUUGUUUCUUAGUAAGUUCAAUUUUAAGAGAGAAUGUUUUUGCAGAUGGCAGAAAUUGGGCGCCGGGACGUGUCCAUAUAAUCGGGCAUUAUGUCAUCGAUGACGUGUGGCGUUCGCCUUGCCGGCUUUACCUUUCGACCACGCUAGGGAAUAAUCGAUGACGAAAUGCAAAUCCCUCUUUGAUAACAUUUGUGAAUCCGGGGUUGUAAGCGAGCACGCGAAUAAGAAGUGAAAGAGGAGAAGAG